AUGUUUUACUCAUCUAUCCACCUGGCAGGCAACUUGCAAACAAUCAGGACCGUGGCUGCAGCUGGCUGGCGCUACCAUCGCCACGGUAAGCCCGCUAGGGUUUUGCGAUAUGAACGCUACCGUGUACCCUUUGACCGUUCGGGCUCUCAGGUAGUCGUAAAAAUGCUUGCGGCCCCUGUGCAUCGGCAAGACAAGAACAUCAUUGAGGGACACCCCGAGGUCAUGAGCCUUUCCAAAGAACUGCAUGAAUUAGUUUCACUGGGACAAGUUGCUAGCGUAGCAUCCCCUUUUCCACGCCUCGCGGGUGUCGAGGGUGUUGGUGUCGUCGAGGAAGUCGGCCGUAUGGCAAGCUUGGUUCUGAAGGAGGGCGAUUUAGUGUGGGUUAACAACCCUUUCGUCGGCACCUGGACGACACAUCUUGUAACGGAUGCAAGUAACCUCGACGUUCUGCCGAAUCGUGUGGAUGUUGAAAUCGAGUACUUGGCCGCUCUCUCCCUGUUCCACACCGCGUACCAUCUGACACAUGACUUUGUCUGCAUACAGCCUAAUGACGUUGUGCUGCAAACCGGGGCAUCAUCCUCUGUCUCCCAGAUUUGUCAAGGGUAUUUGCGCUCCAGGGGAGCGAAGCUCUUCCAAACAAUGCAGCUCGGUCGGACUGAGCAUGCUCAUUUGGUAGCCUUCUUCAAGCUGCGCGGCGCCUUCGCGGUGAUACCUUACAACUAUGCGCGGACAAAUUAUAUGCGACGCUUGCUCUCCGACCUGCCACCACCAAAACUCCUGCUGAACCAUACCUGUGGUGGCUAUGCUUCAAAUCUGGUUAACCUCUUGGGUGACGAUGGCGUCUGCGUGACCUAUGGCAACACGAGCCACCACCCAAUGCAGAUUUCAAAUAUGGAUGCUAUUGCUCGCGGGAUCAAGUUCACUGGAUUUUCUCUAGCGCGGUGGAACGCGCGACACACGCGUGAAGCCCGCAUGCGGGUGCAUCAGAACGUCAUUGAGGCCAUGACCAUCUCACAGGGACACAGUAUUUUCCGUGCGCAGCGCUUUAAGAUGGAUGGAGAUUCGAUCUUUGCUUUCAGCAACGCGUGGGAUGCACCGAUGGCAUCGCGCAAGGCUGUGCUUCGGAUGAUUGGCGAGUACGGAGAGUGGCGCCGCCCGCGUGCGGACCAGGCGGGAUGGAACAUCGGACGUGCGGUCUGGGAAGACCUCCUGCAGCAGCUUUGGGAAUCCGCGGGGACAACUGAGAAUCCGCAGUCAAUGAAGUAUUACACUCCCUUCGCAGAUAUCUACUCCGAGUUCUACGAGAAGAAGCAGUCCAGACAGAUGGGUCAUCGCGAAGUAUUUUUCCGACGCCCAGUGGCUCCCCGGCAUAACGCUUCUGAAAAAGUAAACUAA